AUGGAAGCAGCCAUCAGAUGGUCGCCUCACUCCACCCAGCAUGACCCACGCUUCCUAAUCAUCGACGUGGCCAGCAACCGGCUACGACUCUGCCGAAUCGACAGCUUCAACAAGACCAAAGUCAGCUACAGCCAACUCUGCAUCCGCGACAAGCUGCCCAACUACACAGCCUUCGACUGGUCCAAGAAAGACCCCAGCCUCGUCGGCAUAGGCUCAGCGUCGGGAGAAGCCGUGCUUGUGAAAAUCGACCCCGAUCAGCCCGACAGUGACUUCCUCCAUGCCUUUCCCAUCAAGCAUCAGCGCAAGUGCAACUCCAUUGCGUUUAGUGAGAAGAACCUACUUGCUACGGGCCUGGAUAGGGUGAGGAAUGAUGUGUGCUUGAAUAUCUACGACUUGAAUGAUGCGAGGUUUCCGAGUAAGGAUGAGCCGUACAAGAAAUUGGCGAGCUCGGAGGCGAUUUCUAGUAUCAAGUUCUUCUCGGGACAGCCGGAUACCCUGAUUGCGGGCGUCUCGAGACAGUAUGUGCGGGUUUAUGAUCUUCGAGAUCCCAGCGCAUCUGGCAUUGCGCAGUUCCAGACCCGACAAGUACACAAUCUCGCCAUAGAUCCCCUAGAUGAGCACUACUUUUUGUCGGCCGGAACGACGGGAGACCCCACUGUGACUGUAUGGGAUCAGCGGAUGGUCAAGCAGCGUCACGGCUCUAAUGACCCCACGAGCAAUGGGGCUGUUUUGGAAUUCAGGCCCAUAGUCGACAACAGCCCGACGGCCAGCAUCUGGAGUCUGCGCUACUCUGGAACCAAGAGAGGUACAUUUGGCGUACUAGCAAACACUGGCGAGUUCAAGAUUAUCGAGCUUGCGCAGCACUCGCAUCGCUUGGAGCCUCACCAGGCGCCGGAUACGCCAUUCGCCCGGGCGUGGGCAUCAAACCAUUACACAAAAGCAACGCACCAUCUGCGGUAUCCGUGGCCCGACAAGGAGAACCGUUCGGAGGAGAAGGACCGCAUCGUAGCCUACGACUUUAUGACUGUCGGCAACCCACUCAGUGGACAGUGUGCGCUGGCGUUGCAUUCCAACCGUGAAGUCGAGGUCCUGAAGGUUCCCCGUCCAGCUCCGCGCAUCAACGUGACCGCUCUCGAGGAGAUAUACAAAGACCGGACUUGUAUUGCCAGACCGACCCCUCCUCAAGGGACUAUUGCAGAGGACCUGCUCAAGAUACAAAAUAGUGCUCUUAUUGAGAAAUACGACCUCGAUCCUGAGAUUGUGAGCGACCUUGCCGGAAGCACCGACAGACUGAGUCUGAGCAACAGCCAGCGAAACCUCCCCCUGCUGUCCGGCUCACACGCCAGCCAGCAGAUGCACGAGGAUAUCCUGCAGAUAGCGUAUCCCGACGUCAAGAUCCCACUCUCCGACUACCUGGCCGUCCUGCAGACUGCCAAACGCCGCUGCGAGGAAGGAUAUUCGCUGGGGUGUGCGCAGAACAAGACGAUCGUGGCCAACGACCCCUGGCUUGUCGACAUAUGGACGUUCAUCGAACGCAUGGAUGCUCACGCCCAGGACGACGGCAUGGUAGGCAACGGCCUCGACUUGAAGUACCUGGGCGUGAGCUCAAUAUGGGACAACGAACUCACAAUGUACGACGAGCGCCUCAUCGACCCGGACACAAAGACCAGCCAAGCCAUGUUCCGCGACGCCGUCAAAGAGAUCGUCGAAGCGAAGGAAUUCCCCCCCUUCGAAGGCGUCGACACAGAGUACCCGGAGAACCGCCAACUCUGCCUCAGCCUAUGUGGCUGGCCCCUCGAUAAAGACGGCGUGCAAGCCCGUGCCGACGCGCUGUCCUCGUCAGGCGAGAUAUACAAGGCGAUCGUCCUCGCGGUCUUCCAGGGCCACAAGGACAUCGCCCUCGCCCUCCUCCGCACAAACCUCACAGAGAAGAAACUCCCCCCCGAACUCAUCGGCCUCGCGGCAGUCAUAUCCUGCGCCUCAUCGACGGGGAUCCCCCCCGAGCAGCGCGAAGCCUGCGCCUGGAUGGCCGACAUGACCACAGACCCGUACCUAAAAUCCCUCCUAACCUACUUCAUAACCAGCUCCUGGUCGACCGUCGCCUCCAUGACGCAACUCUCCCUCGCCGACCGCCUCUCCAUCGCAUUAAAAUACCUCCCGGACCCCCCCCUAACAGCCUUCCUCGCCCAAACAGCCCACAACGCAACAACAACCGGCUUCCUCCCCGGCCUCCUCCUCACAGGCCUCACCCCCCCAACCCUCACCCUCCUCCAAACACACAUCUCCACCCACCCCCCCGCCACAGCCCUCCAAUCCGCAGUCCUAAUCCUCUCCCGCGCCUGCCCCCUCUACAUCCACGACCCCCGCUGGCCCCUCUGGAAAACCGCAUUCCUCGCCGCCCACCAGCCCUGGCGCACCUUCCUGCCCCGCACGCGCUACAUCCGCGAGCACAACGCCUUCGCCGUCACGCGCGCGGGGCGUAGCGUGAAUAAACCCGCGCAGCCCAGCCUCGCGAUUCGCUGUUUGCAGUGCCAGCAGAACCUCGCGCUGCGGCGCGAUCCCGGCGGGAAACCCCGCUUACGCCCCGUCCAUGAGCAGAUGAAGCAGCCCCUGCCGAAGCGCAAUAUGCGCGCCCCGCCUGCUCUCGCGUGCCCUGGGUGCGGCGCGCAGAUGCCGCGCUGCGGACUGUGUAUGAUGUGGUUGGGCAGUCCGGAUGCGGGGCUUGCGGGCGCGGUGGAGACGUUGCGCGGGGAGGUGCUGGAGAGUCGGUUGAUGGUGUUUUGUAUGAGUUGUACGCAUGGGUUUCAUGGGCAUCAUGCGCGGGAUUGGUUUGCGAGGCAUGCCAUGUGUCCUGUGCCGGAUUGUGGGUGUAUGUGUGGGUUGCUGAAGUAG